UUUUUAUUUUUGUUUGAUUUGGCCAUCUGGACUAAAAAUGAAUUAAAUUUGCUUCAACAAAAGCAUGUCAUAAAAGGGUUAAUAAAAGCCAAGAAUGUGUUGACUGUGCGAAUGUUCUUGUUUGAAUGGUCUUCCAGUUAGUUACAUAAAGUGCUAAUUGUUUUUAUAGUAAGUCCUGUCUGGGUUUGAACAUAGAAGCCAGAUUACGGUAAGGAUUUCAGCCCAACAGGAUUACCUCUAGAUUUAAGGACCUUAUUUAGUUCCAAGCAAUGAAAAUCAGCCAUAAGCUUGUCUGUUGGGCUGAUAUAUAAAGGCAGCAAGUGACACAGGAACCACUCUGGAGAAAAACUGCAACCUGAACUUUGGUUUUAAGCACUUUGAAUAGAAACAGACACAGGAUGGAAUCCUCCAAACUCGCCCUGCUGCUGGUCAUUUUGUACUGUGUGGAGCGCGGUCUGUGCGGCUCCUGUGUUGUUGACAGCUUCUCAGUCAAGGAAGACUUUGACCCUAAGAGGUAUGCAGGAAAGUGGUACGCUCUGCAGAAGAAGGACCCAGAGGGGCUGUUCCUGCAGGACAACAUCUCGGCUGAGUACACCAUCGAUGAUGAUGGCUCCAUGACUGCCUCCUCUAAGGGACGUGUCACUCUGUUUGGCUUCUGGGUUGUGUGCGCUGACAUGGCCGCUCAGUACUCUGUUCCCGACCCCGGCACUCCUGGAAAAAUGUUCAUGAACUACCAGGGUCUGGCCAGCUAUCUCUCCAGUGGAGGUGACAACUACUGGGUGAUUGACACCGACUAUGACAACUAUGCCAUCACCUACGCCUGCCGCACCCAAAAGGAGGAUGGCAGCUGUGAGGACGGUUACGCCCUCGUCUUCUCCAGGAACCCCCGAGGCCUCCCUCCCGCCAUCCAGCGCGUGGUCCGUCAGAAGCAGGAUGACAUCUGCAUGGCCGGGCAGUUCCAGCCCGUGCUGCAGUCUGGAGCCUGCUAACGAGAAAAAGGAGAGGGAACCAAAAAGUGGAAGUGUGUGCCUGAAAGCUACAGCAUGGGUGACUUUGUAAUGUGAAGGAGAGAGUGAAUGUGAAAGUGACAGAAAACAAACUUGGAGUCGAGAUGGUGCAAACACAAGAUGGAAAUUAGUAAAGUAAACAAAAACCAAAUUAUUGCAAUACCAUCUAAAUGGAUUUUUUUUUCCUGACUCAAAAAUCCUCUUGUUUUAUUCAGAUAUCUCUCAAAGGAAAUUGUUGCUGUUGCAUUGGAACUUUGAUUGAAUGUGAAAAGUUGAAAUAAAGUUGUUUUUUUCUAAACAAA